UUUUGUGAAAUAUUCCUCCAUCAAUGUUCCCAAUCGUAUGUAUUCGUUAGGAACCCUAAUAACAGAGACAUACCAGCGCUCCUCUAUAAAUACCCUUCUCUCUUUGAGUGUGUUUCAAGUCUCUCUCUCUCUCUCUCUCUCUCUCUCUUCCCUUGCUUCUCAUCUUCAAACAAAAAAAAGAGAAGCCGGAACACGAAGAACCCAAAAAAGGAAAAAAGAGAUCAGGAUGAAGAAGAUGAGCAUGAUGAUGCUGAGAAAAUGCAAGAGCAUAUCGAGACAUCUGGGUCGUACGUCAUCUUACAGCAGCCUGAGAUCUCAGUCGGCAAGAGACGUAGAAGCCGUGAAAGAUGCACAGGAACAAAACCCUAGAUCCAGCGAGACAGUGCUGGUGGGCCGUACGAGGAAGCGUUACGUGAUCAGCAAGCAACACCUGAAGCACCCCUUGUUGAACGCUCUCAUAGAGAAGCGACACGACGGGGAUUGCAACUGCGUAAUUCUGGUGAAGUGCGAGGUCGUUCUGUUCGACCAUCUCCUCUGGAUGCUCGACAACGGCGAUCAGUCUUACAUUCUCGAGUCUCUCGACGAAUUAGCGGAUCUCUAUCUCUCUCCAUGAUCAUCCGAAUAAAAAGGGAUCAACUGUUUUAUGUGUGGUUAAAUUAGCACUGAUUUUCAUUGUUUUUUUUAAAUCUUUGGCUUACCCAUCUGGUAAUCAUGGUUGCCCAUCAUUAAUAAGACAUUUGGACGUACAUGGAUUUGCUUUCUUCUU